AUGUCGUACUAUAAUAGGUAUAAGAGCAGGAAGAGAUUUAAUAAUGGAGGCAAUGGUGCAAACGGGAUUGGUAAUGGUGAAGGGAAUGGGAAUGGGAAUGCCGGUGGUAAAGGGGAUGGAGAUGGUCCUAUGCAAGCUGGGUUAAGUGUUCCGGAUGCUAUUUUUGAUAUUGGGAAGAAUAAGAGGGUCACUGUCAGACAGUUCAGGAAUAUCAAUUUGAUCGAUAUCAGAGAAUAUUAUAUGGACAACUCGUCAAAUGAAAUGAGACCAGGGAAAAAAGGGAUUUCGUUGACGGAGGAUCUUUACGAUGAGUUCCUGAAACAUCGUUUGAACAUCGAUGAAGCGUUGAGAAGGCUUGGUUCCAAGAGACCAAGGACUAAGACGAUUGUGAUAUCCUCCGAUGAUGAGGAUGAUUAUGGGGCUGAUAACAAGGAUGAUUCUGGAUCGAAGAAAGACAGCACGGAAGGGUCCAAGGAUAACUCCAAGGAGGCCAGAGCCGCCGCUAAAGCUGCGAAAGCUGGUGAGAAUGAUGAUGAGAAUGACAAGUCUAAGGAGAACGACGAGCCAAGAGAGAAGAAGCGGAAGAAAGGUGAUAAGAAGAACCCUGCUGGUCCGUCGUUGCUGAUUACGGAGGAGAAGAAACAUCUUGAAGAAAGGGAGGCUAACGCCGUUCUGGUCGUGCCACAUCUGGCCACCCCAGCCGUAAAGCAAGAACCUGCUGUCAUUGAAGAAGAGACAUUUGCAACUCUGGAAGAACCGCAACAACCUGUUAAGGCUCUGCAAGAACUGGAGCCCGUUACAGUGUCGAACAAUCAAGUUGAAACUGAGCAAGUGGGUGUCGAAGCUACCCGUGCAAACACCAACGACUCCAGCGACGAAGAUUUCGCCAAGCAUCUCGACGAUGAAAUGAGUAAAGCUGCAGACGAGGUCAGCGAAGAAGAAUAA